AACUUUUUCAUCAUCAUUCCAUUUUCUAAAUUGGAAAAGUCGUCAAAAUUAGGCCUUUGUCAAACAAAAAGUCUUUCCCAUUUCAUCAUCGUUUUCUGCAAUUCACAUUACAAUUUCAAACGAUCAAGAUCUACCCCACAUCAAAACCCCUUCAAACUAUCCAAUUAUUAUUCAACAAAACUUGAAACCCCCUUCGUAUUUUGUGAAAAAGAUUCAUGGGUUGUGCUUCCAGCAACACGGCUGACACCAAAGCCGACCGCUUGGCUCGGUGGCGUGCCACCGGCAUUGUCGGCUUACGCGACGCCAAAUUGAAGUCAUUUCCAGAUGAAGUUGUUGAGCUGGAUAGAGCUGUACGGACGCUUGAUUUAACAAACAACAAAAUAGCUGCCAUUCCUGAGGAGAUUAGCAAAUUAACAAAUAUGCAAAGGCUGAUUUUGGCUGACAAUCUAAUCGAGCAUCUUCCAACGAACAUGGGCAAACUGCAGUCUUUAAAGUUAAUCAAUCUCGAUCAAAAUAGAGUUUCUAUGUUGCCUGAUGAAUUGGGACAAUUGGUGAGACUUGAGAGAUUAUCCAUCUCAGGCAACCGGUUAACCACCCUGCCUGAAACCAUUGGAAGUUUGCGCAAUUUGUUGCUGUUAAAUGUGUCCAACAAUCAACUGAAGUUUCUUCCAGAAUCUGUUGGAAGCUGCUAUUCUUUAGAAGAGCUACAAGCAAAUGAAAAUUCCAUCGAAGAACUUCCUUCUUCAGUCUGCAAUCUUAUUCACUUGAAGUCAUUAUCCUUGGAUCAUAACAAGGUGAAACAGAUACCUCCGAGUUUAUUGAAGGCGUGCAAGGCUCUACAAAAUAUUUCAUUGCAUGAUAAUCCCAUAUCUAUGGAUGAAUUCCAGUCGAUGGAAGGAUUUCAAGAAUUUGAAGCCCGGAGAAAAAAGAAAUUCGAUAAACAAAUAGAUUCGAACGUGAUGAUCGGUUCUAAAGGCCUUGAUGAGGGUGUUGAUUUAUGACAUUAAACCGAAAUUCUAUUUUAGCAGGACGGUGUGUUUGUUGGUGGCUUUGAUCCGCUUGCAUGAUUGGUGGCGGUUUAUGGUCUCGACUUACGUCUAUCUUCAUUCUUUGUUCUGGUAAGGAGCCCUAUUUAUUGUACAUUGUACAUACAAACAUAUUGAAUUACGUGUUAAAACUUCAUUUACAAUUGAGGUAGAAAAAAGUUGUUACUUUCUACGUUGAGGGCCCAUUGGCGAAGCUUCACCCCGGCCCCCACUGAUUUUUUGUUUGUUGUGUUAAUUUUACCGAAAGUUCUCCGAUU